UGGCGAGAUCGGGCUAAGCUAGGCCGGCCAGUUCUCGCAGGACGACGACUCGAUCGAUCGAUCUUGCGUGUGCACUACCGUCUGCAGCUAGCUGCAGGAAGAUUCAUCGUCGUGAUCGUCGUCGUCGUCCAACAUGGCCACGAACCCUGGACUCUUCACGGAGUGGCCAUGGAAGAAGCUUGGUAGCUUCAAGUACGUGUUGCUGGCGCCAUGGGUGGCGCACGGGUGGUACGAGGUGGCGACGAAGGGGUGGCGCGCCGCCGACCUCGGCUACCUCGCCAUCCUCCCGUCGCUGCUCCUCCGCGCGCUGCACAACCAGGCCUGGAUCACCGCCUCCCGCCUCCACAACGCCCGCGGCCGCCGCCAGAUCGUCCGCCGCGGCAUCGAGUUCGACCAGGUCGACCGCGAGAGGAACUGGGACGACCAGAUCAUCCUGUCGGGGUUCCUGCUGUACCUGGGCGCGCUGUACCUGCCGGGCGGGCAGCGGCUGCCGCUGUGGAGGGCGGACGGCGCGGCGGUGAUCGCGCUGCUGCACGCCGGGCCGGUGGAGUUCCUCUACUACUGGCUCCACCGCGCGCUGCACCACCACUGGCUCUACACGCGCUACCACUCCCACCACCACGCCUCCAUCGUCACCGAGCCCAUCACCUCCGUCAUCCAUCCGUUUGCUGAGCUCGUCGCCUAUGAAGUGCUCUUCUCGGUCCCACUGAUCGCCUCUGCCUUGACUGGGACUGCCUCCAUCAUCGCCUUUGAGGCGUAUAUAAUCUACAUUGACCUGAUGAACAACAUGGGGCACUGCAACUUUGAGUUGGUGCCGAGCUGGCUCUUCAAAUGGUUCCCUCCUCUCAAGUAUCUCAUGUACACACCAUCGUACCAUUCUCUGCACCACACCCAGUUCCGGACCAACUACUCCCUUUUCAUGCCGUUCUAUGACUACAUCUACAACACACUGGACAAGUCAUCAGACACUCUGUAUGAGAGCUCACUGAAGGAGGAGGAGGAAGAAGCAGUGGAUGUGGUUCACCUCACACAUCUGACCACCCUGCAUUCCAUCUACCACAUGAGGCCCGGUUUCGCCGAAUGCGCCUCCAGGCCCUACGCCUCCAGGUGGUACAUGAGGCUGAUGUGGCCUGUGUCAUGGCUCUCCAUGGUGCUGACAUGGGCAUAUGGAUCAUCAUCAUUCACUGUGGAGAGGAAUGUCAUGAAGAAGAUCAGAAUGCAGUCAUGGGCCAUACCAAGAUACAGUUUCCAUUAUGGAUUGGAUUGGGGAAAGGAAGCUAUCAAUGAUCUCAUCGAAAAGGCGAUACAUGAAGCUGACAAGAAUGGGGCUAAAGUUGUUAGCCUAGGACUCCUGAAUCAGGCACAUACCCUGAAUAAAAAUGGAGAACUAUAUCUGCUGAAGUACCCAAAGUUGAGAGCAAGACUUGUGGAUGGCACCAGCUUAGCUGCUGCAGUGGUUGUGAAUAGUAUCCCAGAAGGCACAGAUCAAGUUAUUCUUGCAGGAAAUAUUUCCAAGGUGGCGCGUGCUGUGGCACAAGCAUUAUGCAAGAAAAAUGUCAAAGUCACAAUGACAAACAAGCAAGAUUAUCAUUUACUUAAGCCUGAAAUGCCAGAAACUGUAGCUGACAAUCUUCUGUUUUUGAAAACAGGCACCGCAAAGGUGUGGUUAAUUGGUGAUGGUUUAGAUGCUUCUGAACAAUUCAGAGCAAAGAAAGGAACAAUGUUCAUCCCAUACUCACAGUUUCCUCCAAAGAUGGUACGCAAGGACAGCUGCAGCUACUCAACAACUCCUGCAAACUGUACCAAAAACGCUGCAGAAUGUGCAUUCAUGCGAGAAUUGGCUGCCAAGGAGGGUCAUGAGCGCAUGGAGAAUCGCGGGAAUUCUUCAUGCAUUGAGGGGUGGGAUGAGAACGAAUGUGGUGACAAGGUGCUUGACAUGGAGAAAGUUUGGUCUGCUGCAAUUAUGCAUGGCUUCUGCCCAGUUGCUCAAGUUUGAUGCUUCAGUUGCAAAGUACUAGAAUAAUCUUUUAGGUGGAUAUGCUAUAUGAGUUUGAUGCUUCAAUUGCAAAGUACUAGAAUAAUCUUUUAGGUGGAUAUGCUAUAUGUUCACUGAAUCAGGAAGAGAUGCAGCAUGGCGCCUGAGUAGUUACAUCUGCCAUAGUUUUUGCCGUAUUGUUCAUCAUCUCCUUUCAUCAGAUUGGCAAUUAAAAGUUUCUGUACAAGUAUCUGAACUUUGAUCCAUAAUAAUGUAAUCCAGCAAUGAAGCGUACUUGGCAUUGUUAUGCAGUCUCAA